AUGAGGAGAAUGAUCUCCUUCCGAAGUAAGUUGCACUUUUUCGUGUGUAUUUUCACUAGGAAGAAGAGGGUUGAGAAGCUAACUCUGGGUGAAGAUGACUCAUCGGAUGGCGAAGUGUAUGCUACAAAUGAAGUCCCGCCUCUUGGGGAUGAUGUUGAGGACGAAUAUAACGAGGAAUGGGAGAAAUUUUACAAGCCAAACGCAGAUGCUGAUGAUGCCUACUCCAAUGAACUUCUUCAGAAUAUUGACGAGGCCAGAUCUGUGGUUGUCGAAGAAAUGUCGGAAUAUUGCGGGAGUUUGCCAGACCUCGAUGACUUUAAAGCUGUUGAUGAUUUCGAGGAGCUACCGGAUGAAUUGAAGAGCCACAUUCGUCUUCUAAAGGAUGUUCUGUCGCAUUAUCGCAGCGGUCCUCUUCCCAAAACGAUUAAGAUGCUCCCACAUUUGCCCGGGUAUGAUAGCCUACUGGAAAUGCUCUCUCCACUAGAGUGGACCAGCCAUGUUUAUCCUCGGAUUGUCAAGGUUUUCGCUUCAAAAGGAGGAGAGCAGGCUUUCCACUUCUAUGAGAACUAUUUGUUGCCUAAAGUGCGUGACGACAUAGCUAAGAAUGGCCGCCUUUGUGUUCAUUUGUUUGAAGCUCUCAUCGCCUCCUUAUUUCGUGUCCGCGAGUUUCUGGCUGCUGUAUUCUACCCUUGGAUAAAGUCGGAUAUGACCAAGACGGAAGGGAUCAUUUUGGCACACCUCAUCAAGAAGGCUUCUAUUCGGGCGCAUUUCUCCGCAGUGGCUUUGAGCCUUACCUGUGAGGAGGACUUCUCGAUCCCACGUUCGAUGGUGAUUGAGGCCAUAAUCAACAAACGUUACUUUCUGCCUGAGGACGCUGUUGCUCGUCUUGUCGCCUACUUUGCCUCAUUUGACAAGGCGAACUGUUCGAUGUAUUUCACAUCGGAAGGUCGAAUGCCAUUAACGUGGUUCAAGAGCCUCUUGGCAUUCUUGGAGUUCUACCGCGAAGGUAUCCGUCCAGAUGAGCGGGAGCAAUUAGUGCGCCUCUGUCGCCGACACGAGCACCCCUCCAUCACUCCUGAAAUACGAGCCCUUAUCGGACUCAUUCCUACGACACGACCAUCUGCUUGA